CUACAAAGCCGCAGGCAACAAAUAAAAUACAGGUGUAUCGCGAAUUUAUUUCGAAUUUUAUCCCAUUCUACACGUAUAUUUUCGUAAUUCAUUGUGGAUUUUGUUGUUUAUGUGUCAAAACAUACAUAAAACUAAUGAAUUAUUCGUAAUUUUAAUGUAAAAUGAAAACUAUUGAAGGAAAAAUUGUAGUUUUGGGUGCACAAGGUGUUGGAAAAACGAGCAUGGUUGUGCGAUAUAUUGGAAAAAUGUUUAGUCCACACAUUUCACCAACAAUCGGUGCAUCGUUUUUUACAUGCAAAAUAAAUAUUGACGAUAUUCGAGUUAAACUUCAGGUUUGGGACACAGCUGGCCAAGAACGUUUUAAAUCAAUGACACCAAUGUAUUAUCGUAAUGCAAAUGCGGCACUUUUAGUAUUUGACAUAACACAACCUAGUACCUUUGAAUCCAUUCAAAGUUGGGUGAAAGAAUUACAAAAAAAUGUGGAAGAACAUUUAGUUAUUUGUGUUGUAGGGAAUAAAAUUGAUUUGCAUGAACAUAGACGAAUAACAAGAGAUGAAGCAAUGAAAUAUGCAAAAAGUAUUGGAGGCACGUAUUUUGAAGUAUCAGCUUUGCAGGAUCAAGGCAUUGAACAAGUGUUUUUUCAUAUUGCGUUAACAUUAGCACGAUUAGAAGGUGAAGAUUUAGCUAAAACAUCAUUAAGAGUAUAUGAAACAGACGAAAAUGGUUUAAUAGCCUCAACAAGUAAUUUAAAAGCGACUGAUGUUGGUAAAACAGAAACUGCUAGCUGGAGCAUAGACAGUAUUGCCCAUGCCGAUUCACUUAAACCAAAUAUAUGUUGUUAACGAACGAUUAUUUGAUUUAUUCAAAGAUAUUGACGAUUUGUUUGAAUGAUUUUCAUCUUUUAGAGAGUUAUUAUUCAGUACAAACAUUUUAUACAAAAAAACGUCCGCUGUGAUAAUUUUUAUAGUAUUAAAUUAAAAAUCCAGCCUUUGAUUAUAUUGUAUGUUGUUUCGAUCCUAGGUUACUUUCACAGAUUGCUAUCGGUUCAAAGUGGGGUAAUUUUAUUUUGAAACCAAAUUUAACACUUAAUAUUUGAAUAAUUUUUUUUGAUGCAAUACCAAAAUUGUAGGUGUGCAAUAACGCGCAAUAUUAUAUAUAUUUGCUAAUGUAAAUGUUAGAAACAAAAAUGAUCAAAAGCGAUCAUUUAAGAGAAAGUGGAAAAAACUAUCGUAAAAAUGUUUUAGUAUCGAUUAAAGAGGAUGUGAUUAGAUAUUUUGAAACAGUUCGAAAAUUCAACAAUCUUAAUAAUGUAAAUAGCAUUAUGAACUAACCAAACAUUAUCCAACUUGGAACUUAGGGUGGGUUGACUUAAUUAAUAUUAUGUUAUUCGCAACUCAAAAACACUGGCCUGGAUUCUAUUGAUUUAAUUAUGAUCCCGCGAAUAGGGUGGAAAUAUAGAGGAGUAAAUGAUA